GAAAACCUAGAAGCCACCUUUUCCAAAGCACCUCAGUCCCAUCCCUGUCUCCCCUAGCUAGUUUCUUCAUGUCCACCGCAAGCAUGCAGCUGCUACCAUAAGGAUCAAAUGUCUGGUUCACAAGCAUAUAGAAGAAGUAUUCCAGCGUCACAAUCAAGUUAUUAUUAGGACCCUACACUUAUGAUCUCAUGCUGUGUUCAGCGAAUGGCCAGACCAUGAGCUAGGGAAGAAGAUCAAGAGGGAGUCAGCGGCAGCGGCGGCGGACCGGAUGACGGCGGCACGGAGGAGCUGCAGCCUGCCGGCGGGGGCGGGGGCGACGGCUGCUGCAGGCGCCGGGCCAGGUUCGGCGCUGAACACGAUCACGCCGUGCGCGGCGUGCAAGCUGCUCCGGCGACGGUGCGCGCAGGAGUGCCCCUUCUCGCCCUACUUCUCGCCGCUGGAGCCGCACAAGUUCGCCGCCGUGCACAAGGUCUUCGGUGCCAGCAACGUCUCCAAGAUGCUCCUGGAGGUGCACGAGAGCCAGCGCGCCGACGCGGCGAACAGCCUUGUGUACGAGGCGAACCUGCGGCUCCGGGACCCUGUCUACGGCUGCAUGGGCGCCAUCCUCACCCUGCAGCAGCAGGUGCAAGCGCUGGAGGCCGAGCUCGCCACCGUCAGGGCCGAGAUCGUCAGGCACAGGUACCGCCCUGCCGCCGCCGCGGCGUCGCCGGUGGCCACCGUGCUCCCCUCGUCGCACGCCUCCCAGCUCCUUGCGGCCUCGGCGGUCAGCCGGGGGCUGCACCUGCACGCCGGCAGGCCGGUAGGGACAAGAACGGCAACUUUGGCGGCGGCCUCGUCGUCGUCGUCAUCGGUGGUGUACGCCGCCGCCGCCGCGUCGAGCUCAACGGACUACAGCUCCAUCACGAACGAGAAUGUUCCUUAUUUUGGUUGAGGUAGUACGUUGAGGUUAAUACCGAAUGCUGGCUGUGCUUCUUGAAUGUAUUUUUGCCUCUCUUUCUUUUUUUUAUCUGUAGACCUUGUGAAAAUAUUGAAAUAAAAGGCUUUACGUUGC